AAUCAAUCAAUCACUGCCAUGCUUUGAAAUCCAGUUUUAGACCUGGAAUAAAAGAAGCUGUGGCUUCUUUUAUUUCUCUGUUCACCGUUGACAAUUCUGAGUGCUGCUUUAAGAGUAUAGCAGGGUGUGUCCACACAGCUUUGUUACCCGCUCAGGCAACCCAGUAUCACGUGGUCUCAGCCUCUCCCUGGUUCACUGCCAGGCUCCCUUUCACUACAGCUUCACUAAAGCUUGAGUGGUUAAUACUCAGACUUCUCAAACUACAGAUUUAUGCAUUUUCUUUAAAAGCACUGACAUAUUGUGAGGUAAGUGAACUGCUAAGUGUUUUGUUUUUUACAGAAUAUAAAAUAUUUUGUAGGGCUUUAAAUUAUCACUGGAAAUUUCUUCUUGUUUCCUGGCAGACUAAGCACGGUUUAGUUCAUUCCUGCCUGAGGUGUUCAGUUUCUAUUCCUGCCUGUAGCCUUUCAAAAAAGCAGCAGUUGGCUGAUAUUGCUGUUUUUACAUCAACCUUGAACAAACCUACAAUUUAUUUAAGUUAUGGAGCGCCUGAAGUUAGUCUUGCAGUACUUCCAGUCCAACUCCGAGUCCAUCUCCAAUGGAAUUUGUAUCAUCCUCGCCCUGGUUAGUGUCAAGCUUUACACCAGCUUCGACUUUAACUGCCCGUGCCUCCCUCAGUACAACAAACUUUACUCUCUGGGAGUGAUGAUUGUCCCGCCUAUUAUACUGUUCUUCCUGGGAAUCCUUGUCAACCGGCAUACAGGUGUCAUGAUGGACGAGUGGAUGAGACCCAUUGGGAACAGAUCCAAAAAUCCUGCUGUUGUCAAGUACUUGUUCUCAGCCAUGAUCCAGAGGGCCCUGCUGGCACCAAUGGUGUGGAUCCUGGUCACUUUGCUAGAUGGAAAGAUCUUUAUCUGUGCUUUCAGUGUGAGUGUAGACCCUGCACUCUUCUCAGGUAUGCCUAAUAACACAGGUCUGGAUGUUCUGAAGAUCAUGGCCAAAGUACCCUGUAAGGAGGACGUUAUCUUCAGGAAUAGUUCUUUCCGUAAAGCAGUUUCUCGUUAUGUUCGCUGCCAUUCACAGGUAAGUUCUCAGCCACAUAAACAGUCCCUUGGGAAUUAUUAUUUUUCAAUGAACAUUUGCUAUUAUUUAAAACCAACCUCCUAUUAGUCUGUGAAGGAUUUUACAGAAAGAUGGAUUGAUCUGACCGAGUGUCAACCAAUAAAGCAAUUAGAAUCUCGACCUUUUACAUAGGAAAUGUAUUACUUACUUCAAAAAAUUACAAACCCAGGGUGUCUAUUAUCGCUGAAAAAGGAGGCCUUUAACAAUAAAAUACUGUAAAAGCUUGAUUUAUUGGAUCAAUGGCAAGAAUAUUAGAUCUGUAACAAAUAACAGACAUCUGCAACACUCACAUCACAUUAGCUCUGACACAAGCCCUGUCAGCAGUGAGGUGUUACCCAACAGCAAGAAGGGCUUGGACAUGAACCUGAAUAACUCAGCCGGAGCCCUUCUAUGUUGAGCACCUGUGUGGGUUCCUCCCGGGUCACCAAAGACAUGUUUGUUGAGUUAACUGGCAAUUCUAAAUUGGCCAUAGGUGUGAAAGACUGCUUAUUUCAUUCUGCUGGCUGUGUGAGGGAACGGCAACCUGUCAGGGUGUGCAGGAACAGUUAACAAAAAUGUAUACAGGAAAUUGUCAAUUCAAUUUAUUUAUACAGCGCCAAAUCACAACU